GAGGUGGAAGUGUAUGAUCGAGGCAGAUUUGUUUACAGAGGUCGGUCGAUCGACUGUAAUACAGAAUUAAGAAAAGCGAGAGCUAUGGGAAACUGUCUCGGCAAUCGGAGGGACUCAGACUCACUCCUGAUGUGUGGGGAUGAUGAAGAUGGGCAAUUUGCAUUGGGACAAGAUCAGCCCCUGAGACAAGAACAGGAGGCCUGGCUCUCUGAGGUCGCACUAACAGAGGGAUCCCUUCAAGGCAAGAGGGACACCUUCUGGGAGACGGCUCCGGUGUAUGAGGGUCGACGGGAGAUAUGGGAUGCCUUGAGGGCGGCUUGCGAGGCCACUGAUGAGGGGGAUUAUGAGCUGGCUCAGGCGAUACUUCAGGGAGCCAGUAUAUCGCUACCCAGAGGUCGACUUACUGAGUGUUACGAUGAACUUGGAAAUCGCUACGUCAUACCAAAGUACUGUAUUAGUAAACCCACCAACAUGGCAGCAGCCAACCACAAUGAUGAUGAUAUCGAGGAGAUUGUUGAUAGCACCACUAAACUGUUACAGGGACCGCCCACUCCCACUUCCCCCUCUAGGAAAGCCAGUGGCUCUGGUGAAAUACGAAGACGACUCCCCCAGGACACUGGCCUUACCAUGGUGGUGAAAGUGAGACUGUCAACGCUGUCCAAAGACACUAAAGUAACUGUACUCGAGACUGCAAGAGUGAAGGACUUAAAGAGACAGUUGGCUACUGAUCAGAGUGUGGACCCUAGGAAACUGACUAUGUUAUAUUCUGGUAGAGUACUGAACAAUGGGACACUUCUCAAGGAUUUAGAGAUCCCUAAAGGUUUUGUUAUACAAGCUGUUGUUAUGUAAGCCGUGAGUCUCAUUUGCUGCCUGUACAUUGUCAGUUUUAUUUCACAUUUCACUUCUGUUUUUGUAAUAAUGACAAUAAAAAUUGCUGCUGUACUA